GGAGGGGAGAUUCAUCCAGUGAGACAGAAGUUUCAGCUCUGCGCUUCAGCACACAGCCAGAACAGCGGAUAACAAACAUACAUACAGAUACAAUGUGGCUYCAAGCAAGUGUGCUGAUUGGCCUGCUGUGCCUGAGUUACACAGGCAGUGUGAGAGGAUUUGCCCGUCUGAUGGACAAUGCAGAGCUACGCUCAGCUUUCUCAGUUUCUCGCACCAGCAGCAUGGAAGGUGGACCAAAGAUGACAGUGACCUUUGACACUGUCUAUGUCAACAUUGGUGGGGAUUUUGAUGCCAAGGCUGGUCUGUUUCGUUGUCGAAUMCCCGGGGCCUACUACUUUUCCUUCACAGUGGGAAAGUUCCCCCACAAAGACCUGUCUGUGAUGCUAAUGAAGAACCGAAAUGAGGUGCAGGCCAUUGUGUACGAGGAGAACGCUGGGGAGGAGAGGAAGGUGCAGAGCCAGAGCGUCAUGCUGCAGCUGGAGUUUGGUGACACUGUCUGGCUCCGUCUGCAUGGUGACCCUCGCUAUGCGCUCUACAGCAACACCGGACACUAUACCACCUUCAACGGUUACCUCAUCUACCCCGACACCUAUGGCUACCAGACGCACCACCAGCAACAGCACCCCGCCUACGGCUCCCAGCAGCCCCAGCAGGAAGACCUCCGUCUGCAGGCAACCGAGCAYGCCAAGUUCAGCUCAGGAGAUGCCGAGGAGAAGGAGCUGCCUCAUAAAGRAGAGGAAGAAGAGGAAGAAGAGUAYGACGAUGAAGAGGAAGACCAGAGAUCCGCCUUUUCGGCAGGGCGCACCCAGAGCAUUCUAGGAAUAGACCAGGUGGGCAUGCCACAGCACCGACCAAUCAGCUUUGACACGGCUUUCGUCAACAUCGGGGAGGACUUCAAUGUGACGGAGGGGGUGUUCRUCUGCCGCAUUCCUGGGGCGUACUACUUCUCCUUCAAUGUAGGCAAGCUGCCCCAAAAGACACUGUCUGUCAAGCUGAUGAAGAACCGCCUGGAGGUGCAGGCGAUGAUCUAYGAUGACAGCCAGGGGGAGAAAGCCCUACAGAGUCAGAGCUUGAUGCUGACACUGAAACCAGGAGACACCGUCUGGCUCUACUCCCACCAGAGGGACGGAUUUGGAGCCUACAGCAACCACGCCAAGUACAUCACCUUCACUGGCUUCCUGGUUUACCCAGACGUCACCCCGCCAUCCUCCACCCCAACCGCCUCCAGCCAAUCACAUGCCGACAAGAGGCCCUAACUGCAGCACAUCACUGAGAGACUGCUCAUUGUGGAAGGGGUUCAUAUAAAGUUUCAAAGUCCACAGCAGGUAUCGGGUUGUUUCUGCUUUGUGGCUGCUUUUCUCUUUAUAUGAAUUCCUUUUCAAAGUCACAGGGAGUUUGGACUGAGCUCAGCACCUAAAAA